AUGAGCUCGAAAGCCGUAUUCUUCUUGCUGUUGGUGAGUGCUGCUGAAGCUCAGAUGGUGAGGAAAUGUUUGUGCUCCGAGGUUCAGCCGUGCCGACAGGCCUACAUCGAUGGGGUGGCGCCGUGUGCGGACAAGUGCAAGGUGAGUUUUGGAGUAAAUUUGGUAUUAAAAAAUAAAUAAGGGAUGGGGGAAUGUUUCGGCAAAAUUUGCAUCGGCUAUAACAUAUCUAUUUUUUUCAAAAAAUCUCGUUUUUCUUUAAUCAUCCCGAAAAAUUGCCCGAGUUGAUUUUGGUUGCUAGAAACUUGGGAAAUGCUUAGGAUUUUGAACGAUUUUUGAGCAAAAUUUCAAAUUUUGCCAUGGAUAAUAUAAAAAUUUUUGGAAAAACGGAGAAAUUUCCGACGUAUUUUGCAUUUUAAGGCUUGAAGUUGCCUAAAUUCGUCAUUCAUAGGCGUUUUACUGUAUUUUAGAGCCUUGAAACAGAAUGCCAAAAAAUGGCGGGAUAUUUGAAUUUUUGCAUUUUUUUGACCCCGAAGGGUUUGUGAACGAUAGAAGGUGUGUUUACAUUUUGCUUUCAGAAAUUCGCCGUCAAAGCGGGCGUCAACUUCGACAGGAUCAAACGAUGCACCACAGAUUUCAGCCAAUACCUCAACGAGACGAUCCGCUGCAUCGACAACACCUACGCCGAUAGCUGCGCCACCGAAUUCACCGACAAACGAUUGCCCAAGCGGCAUUCCGAGCUGCUGAAAGCGUCGUUUGUGAACGAAAUCACCAAGGAUUUGGCGAAAAAGAACCUGUUAACGCAGUGGAAUCGCCUGAACGCGCAACUGCGCAAGUAUCAGAGCUGUAUUAAGCUGUGUCUGGACAUGCGGACUUCCCAAUGCGAUGAGAAGCUGGAUUGUACGCUGGAAUUGCCGGCCGACAAGCAGCUUAUCGAGGACACAAGGAACUGUGUGGACAAGAUUAAUAUCCCGCGCAAAUGGUGCGAAUGCGCUGUGGACAGCGGAUUGAAAGAUUUGAAGGAGAUUUGUGAUGUUUUCCGGAAGUAA